GCCGGUUGGCUUAUAACCUUGGGGUGUUCGUGCCCGACUGCUCCUCAGUAGGAUUCCCUAUCUUCCAGUCAAAUGACUAACCCCAAGAUCUUUAAUAAUCUUGGACCCGUCCUCCUGGGAGGAUUCAUUGCUCUUGCCCUAUGCGGUAUCGUCAACAUGCAGGUGUAUAUCUACUCACGUACUUUCAGGGGUGAUUAUGUUCGAAUCAAGAUCUUGGUCUUGAUUGUGUGGUUACUCGAUCUAACGCAUUACGGUCUGAUACAUCUAGCUGUCCCGCUUACAUUGAUCAUCACUGCCAUAAUUACUUUCAUCGUCCAGAUGUUCUUCGCUCAGGGAGUCCUUGUCUUAAGCAAGCGCAACUGGUCCAUAACCAUCCCGAUGGUUGUCCUGGCUAUUAUCCGUUUAGGCGCAUCCGCAGUAUCGACCGUAGAGAUGAUUUGCCUGAGGAACUUCCAUUUGUUUGUGGCCCACUACGCAUGGGUGUUCACGUUAGGCCUGGUUGCAUCAGCGAUGCUCGACAUUUUAGUCACCGCAUCGCUGUGCUGGUAUCUGUCACGGAGCCGGUCGGGUAUUCCUAGUAUGAACCAUGUCAUCGACGAGAUUAUGUUGUACACCAUUAACAAUGGCAUCUUGACAUGCCUCUGCACCGUUGUCUCUCUCACUUGUUGGAUAAGGAUGCCGCACAAUCUAGUAUUUCUGGGAAUUCAUUUCGCUAUUUGUAAACUCUGCGCAAACUCCUUCAUGGCCACGCUCAACACUCGGGAGUCCCUGCGAGAGAAAGCACACCCAUCGGCUGAAAGGCCGUGUCCUCUGUCCGUCCUCUUCCCAGAUCGACGGAAGAACGACGACUGUCUGAACUCUCGCACUACGAAGCUGGAGAUCAAUGUCGCGAAGACGAUCGAAUGCAGGUGCGACGCAGAGACAGACUUGGGGGUAGGAAAGUUGUCAAACUUGAAUGCCGACGGUCCGACCUCGGAGUUUACGAGCGACAAUCACUUCGUGAAGCAGCCCGUCAUUGAGGUGCAAUCCGCCUAGAUGAUGUUCAUGACCCAUGCGUCUGCUAUGUCGGUACAGCUACGACCAGGAUAAGGUCUUCUCAGCGCUUCUCGAUGUGUUUCUGAAGAAGACCACAGAACUCCCCAU